CCGCUCCGGCCUCCCUCGGUCCCCGGCGGGUUCCGGGGCGCGGGGCGGGCGCGCCCGGCGGCGAUCCCGGAGGGGAAGGCGGCAGCGGCAGCAGCCCAGCGGCCUCGGCGGUGAAACCCGAGCAGGCCCCGUGGCUGGGGCGGGGCGGGGGCUGCGUGUGGAAAGUGCGGAGGCGCAGGCGCGGCCCGCGCUGCUGCCCCAGCCCUGUGGGGAACAAAGGGAGCGCGGCCGGGCCCGGAGCCGAAUUACAAAUAUAAUGUCAGGUGGCUGAAAAUUUGCCUAUCAAAAUGUCAAAAAGGCCAUCUUACGCCCCACCUCCUACCCCAGCUCCUGCAACCCAAAUGCCCAGCACACCAGGGUUUGUGGGAUACAAUCCAUACAGCCAUCUGGCCUACAACAACUACAGGCUGGGAGGGAACCCGGGCACCAACAGCCGGGUCACGGUAGGAGAAUCAACUAUUACAUCAUCCGGCAAACAACAGGAAUUGACCAGAAAUGGCUUUAGAGCUUCCUCUGGUAUUACCAUUCCAAAGCCCCCCAAACCCCCAGACAAGCCUCUGAUGCCCUACAUGAGGUACAGCCGGAAGGUCUGGGACCAAGUGAAGGCGUCCAAUCCUGAUUUGAAGUUAUGGGAAAUUGGCAAGAUUAUUGGAGGAAUGUGGCGAGAUCUCACUGAUGAAGAGAAGCAAGAGUAUUUGAAUGAAUAUGAAGCCGAAAAGAUAGAGUACAAUGAGUCCAUGAAGGCCUACCAUAACUCUCCUGCAUACCUUGCCUACAUCAAUGCAAAAAGUCGUGCUGAGGCUGCAUUAGAAGAAGAAAGCCGACAAAGGCAGUCGCGCAUGGAGAAAGGUGAACCUUACAUGAGUAUACAGCCAGCAGAAGAUCCAGAUGAUUAUGAUGAUGGAUUUUCUAUGAAGCACACGGCUACAGCUCGUUUUCAAAGAAACCAUCGUCUCAUCAGUGAGAUACUGAGUGAAAGUGUGGUGCCUGAUGUCCGCUCUGUUGUCACUACAGCUAGAAUGCAAGUUCUUAAACGUCAGGUUCAAUCUUUAAUGGUUCAUCAGCGUAAACUGGAAGCUGAGCUUCUGCAAAUUGAAGAGCGUCACCAAGAGAAGAAGAGGAAGUUCUUGGAAAGCACAGAAUCCUUUAAUAAUGAGCUAAAAAGGCUAUGCAGUUUGAAGGUGGAAGUGGAUAUGGAAAAAAUUGCAGCUGAAAUUGCUCAAGCUGAAGAACAGGCUCGCAAGAGGCAGGAGGAAAGGGAAAAAGAAGCAGCUGAGCAAGCUGAGCGCAGUCAAAAUAACAUAGCAGCUGAGGAAGAACAGGCAGCUAACAAGAUGGAGGAGAGGAAAGAAGAGGAGAAUACUCCCAUGGAAACAGAAGAGCCUCAUCCAGAAGAGAGCACAGAAAACCAACAGAAUGGUGAAGAAGGAACAUCUACCCCAGAUGAUAAGGAGAGUGGUCAAGAAGGGGUUGAUAGCACUGCAGAGGAAGGAACCAGUGAUAGCAACACUGGUUCAGAGAGCAAUAGUGCAACAGUUGAAGAGCCUCCUGCAGACCCUAUCACUGAGGAUAGCGAGAAGAAAGAAUAAAUAUUGACUCACUUCA